AUGCCAACAGAACUUGAAGAGCUGGUAGGGUUCAUUGCCCAUCCGAAUCCUCAGAUUCGGAAGGUGGCUAUCGAGAAUCUUGUACCGUAUUCAACCACGCAGCUUUCAAUCUUUCAGUCUCAGGAGUUGCAACCUGUUAAACACCUCAAGUUCUUAGUCCGCGACCACCCAGAAAUCGCCGAGCAUGCCCUCACGAUCUUGGUCAACUUGACUGCCGAUCGAAAAGUCCUUAAAUACGUAGCCGAGGAUGACAGGUUCAUCGGAAUUGUUCUCGGCAAUCUGACUGAUCCUAGGGAGCCAAAUGCGAACCUGCUAGCCAUGUUGCUUGCCAACAUGGCAAAGUGGGAUGGCCUCAAAACCAUCAUCACCACACGAAAGCAAACUGCGCCUGAUCCCUUGAGAUCCAACGACCUAGUCCUCAACCAGCUGCUAGACCUAUUCGUCAAAGGCGCUGACGGGAGCUACAACAAGAAUGCCGACUAUGACUACCUGGCAUAUGUCUUCGCGGACCUUUCCAAGCAUGCCGAGAUCCGGCAGUUUUUCGUCACAAAGCAAGACUACGACGAUGUUGUACCACUCAACAAAAUCAAGGUGUUCACGGAGCACAAGUCGGACAUUCGGAGGAAAGGCGUCGCGAGCACUAUCAAGAACCUUGCGUUUGACAUCCCGUCGCACCCUGCGUUUAUGGAUGAAGACAGAAUCCACAUUCUGCCCUACAUCCUGUUACCCAUUAUCGGGGGUGAACAGUAUGACGAAGAGGAGGCGAUGGCAAUGCUGCCAGAGCUGCAGCUGCUUCCCCCUGACAAACAGAGAGACUCAGACCCCAGCAUCGUGCAGAUCCACGUUGAGACCCUGACGCUCUUGACAACUACCAGGGAAGGACGGGAACUACUAAGGAGUAUCAGCGUGUAUCCGAUCAUUCGGGAGACACAUUUACGUGUUGAUGAUGAGGGCGUCCGCGAGGCCUGUGAGCGACUCGUCCAGGUCUUGAUGAGGGAUGAAGCAGAGCCGGGGGCGGAAGCAGGAGCCGAGGAAAACGACGACGACGACAGGAUAGUUGAGGUCUGA